GCGGCGGCAGCAGCAGCAGCAGCAUGGGUCCAGGCCCGCGGCUUCGCUGAGCCCUCGCUGGCCUAGGCUGCCCGCGGCGCCCGCAGCGGCGGCGGCAUGAAGGGGGCCCUGGGGAGCCCGGUGGCCGCCGCGGGCGCCGCGAUGCAGGAGACGUUCGGCUGCGUCGUGGCCAACCGCUUCCACCAGCUGCUGGACGACGAGUCAGACCCGUUCGACAUCUUGCGCGAGGCCGAGCACCGGCGCCAGCAGCAGCUGCAGCGCAAGCGGCGCGACGAGGCGGCGGCGGCGGCGGCCGCCAGCGGGGCCGGGCAUCGCGGAGGCCGGAGCCCAGCUGCGGCCUCAGGACACAGACCCGGCGCGUCCGGCCGCAGGGAGUCACAGAAGGAGCGCAAGAGCCUCGCGGUGUCGGGCGCACAGCAGCCGCUGGACAGCCCUGGGGGCCCGCAGCCGACAGGUCAGAAGCGGACCCCUAGAAGAGGGGAGCAGCAAGGAUGGAAUGACAACCGGGGGACAGACGUGCUUGAUAGAGCAGAGCGAAGAUCCUACAGGGAAUAUCGACCCUAUGACACUGAGAGACAGGCAGACUUGACAGCGGAGAAGUUUACAGAUGAAAAACCAGCUGACAGGUUUGAUCGAGACAGACCACUGAGAGGCCGUGGGGGCCCCAGAGGAGGCCUGAGGAGCAGAGGCCGAGGUGGUCCGGGGAACAGAGCUUUUGACUCCUUUGACCAAAGAGGGAAACGAGAUUUUGAAAGAUACAGCAGCAAUGAUAAAGUUGACACAGAGCCACCUACACCCAUGGAAGAGAUCUCAAUGAUGGAGGAGUCCCAGGGCGCCCUGGAAGAGGAGUCUCCAGCCAAAGUUCCUGAGUUGGAGGUAGAAGAGGAAAAUCAAGUCCAUGAGAUGACUUUAGAUGAGUGGAAGAACCUUCAAGAACAAACCAGACCAAAGCCUGAGUUCAACAUCCGGAAGCCAGAGUCCACAGUUCCUUCGAAGGCAGUGGUGAUUCACAAGUCCAGAUACAGAGACGAUCUGGUCAAGGAUGACUACGAGGAUGAGUCCCAUGUCUUCCGGAAAGCCGCCAAUGACAUCACAUCCCAGCUGGAGAUUAACUUUGGUAGCCUCCCUCGCCCUGGACGUGGAGCCAGAGGCAGUAUCCGAGGAGGCCGAGGAAGGAUCAGAAGAACAGAGAACUAUAGCCCCCGAGCAGAGGUGGUGACCCAAGAUGUCGCUCCCAACCCAGAUGACCCUGAGGACUUCCCCGCCCUGGCUUGACAGCCAUUCCCCUGCAGCAGAGCAGCACUAUGAAGAGACUUUCCUUGCCGCGAGAAGAGUCAGACUCUAAGAACAAUAGAUGUUGCUUUUCCCGUGUCGUGUGAA